CAACACAAAACUAUGAAGCUUAUUUAAAAUGUGCUUUGAAUUUAAAUUGGAAAAAAGCUGUAGUUUAAGCAAAAUUGGUGUUUUCUAAAAGCUGGUAAAAGUUCAUGUCGGAAAACCAGUUUGAUUAAGAUCAGAAUGAUUGGAAUGAUGGAGCGCUUCGCUGACUGGAUGCACAUUGAAGCUUUCUCAGUGACUGCUCGGUGCCAUGGAGGAGUCGGAGCCCCUUUUGGGUUCCCGCUCGGAAGAGAGAAGGCCCAACAGCUGCUGCAGAUGGAGCCUUCGCACACCCAACAUGGACCCCAGGGUGGUGGAGGACCUGAGGCGCAGGCUCAAGUACUUCUUCAUGAACCCAUGCCAGAAGUACAAAGCCCGGGGCCGCAAGCCGUGGAAGUUGAUGCUUCAAAUAUUAAAAAUCGUCCUCAUCACCGCCCAGCUGGUCUCAUUUGGACUGAGCAACGAGAUGAUGGUCACCUUCAAAGAGGAAAAUCUGAUGACGUUCCGAUACCUCUUCCUCAAAGGAUACACGGACCACCAUCAGGGAGGGCACGUUUUGCACACGAAAACGGACGUGUACGACCACAUCUCCUACAUCAUCGAUAGGUACAUCAAUCUCCAAAACCUGACAGUCGGAAAUCUGGCUUACGAGAGGACUGAUGGUGAGUACACGCCUAUGAUGGUCUGCCAAGAGUUUUACAGAAACAGCAACAUUGACCCUGGAAACGAGACCUUUUACAUCGAUCCACACAUUGACACAGAUUGCUUUUCCAUCUACCCCGUGCUGUCACUGGACAACGGCAGUCUGGCGACGCCCCUGAACUUUUCUGUAGACUUCAGGAGGCUGCUGUCAGUCAACGUUUACUUUACGCUGAAAACCAUCAAUCUGCAGACCGUCAGGCACCACGAGCUUCCCGACUGUUACGUCUUCCACGUGGUGAUCAUGUUUGAUAACCACGCUCACAGCGGAAAUAUCAAGGUGGCGGUUGAAAACGACGUCACCAUCAACGAAUGCAGGGAUUGGAAUGUGGAGGGCACUUCCGGGAAAAACGAUUACCUCCUGCUCUCCUUCGAUUCCGUGGUCAUCCUCGCCUGCUUCGCUUCCCUGGUCCUCUGCUUGCGUUCUGUCAUCAACGGCAUCCAGCUGCAGUUUCAGGAGUUCAACACAUUCUUUCACGCCUACUACGACAAAAUUGUGACCAUGUCUGACCGCAUGGAGUUUGUGAACGGCUGGUACAUCCUCAUCAUCAUCAGCGACACUCUGACCAUCGCCGGCUCGACUUUCAAGAUCGGAAUACAGACAAAGUUCAUGACGAGCUACGACGAGUGCAGUAUCUUGCUGGGCAUUGCGACCAUGCUGGUGUGGGUGGGCGUGAUUCGGUACCUCGGUUUCUUCAAGAAAUACAAUAUCCUGAUCUUGACUUUGAGAGCAGCCUUCCCAAACGUGAUCCGAUUCUGCUGUUGUGCAGCCAUGAUUUACCUCGGCUACUGUUUCUGUGGCUGGAUUGUGCUCGGGCCAUACCACGACAAAUUCCGAACGCUGGACAAGGUGACCGAGUGCCUCUUCUCGCUGGUCAAUGGCGAUGACAUGUACGCCACCUUCAUGAAGAUGCGCGACAACGGCUACAUGGUGUGGCUGUUCAGCCGCCUCUACCUCUACUCCUUCAUCUCCCUCUUCAUCUACAUGGUGCUCAGCCUCUUCAUCGCGCUCAUCACGGACACCUACGAGACCAUCAAGCAUCACCAGCAAGAAAAAGUGCCGGUGUCCCAGCUCCAGGCUUUCAUAGCAGAGUGCAGGGACGAGCCCGAGUCCGGAUGCUACCAAACUGACGAGGAGCCUCUUUCCUGCAGCCUCUUGGCUUGCUGUUGCUGUGGAUGCAGAAAGAAGAUCUGACUGCUCAUUGCUCAUUGUCAUGGUCAAUCUAUUUUGGAAUUAAACUGUGUGCAUAAGGAAAUGCACUGUCUAUAUGAAGAACGUCAUUUCCCCCCUCACGCUAUACUACAAUGCUUCUUCACUUCCAUGUUCAGUUCACUAAAUCUCUGCACUUUUUUUUUAAUUUUUUUUUUUACAUUUUUCAUAUGAUCCGUUCUGGAACAUUCCUUGGAAAUCACGAUGUCAUAUCACUGUUGAGCUAUUUUUUUUAAAAUAGGCCGCCAGGCUACUCGUGGUGCUUUGCCCUUGAGGUUGUCAUCAAUGUGUGUCUUUGUGUCCGUUGGAACUACUGCUUCCCAUCGCCAUGAUUCCAAUGCUGUCAUGCGCUUCAAGACGCGGCGGCGUACACGCCCCGAUCCGUAGUAAGCGCGCAUCUAAAACACAAAAUGGUGGCACAUAAAUUGAGGCGUAAGCAUAUUCAUGGACAUCAAACGGAGGUGGUGGGUCGAAAACCGAUCGUCGACAAGGGGGAUUUGG